AGGGGCGGGGCCAGGGCGGGGCUAGACCUGCACCGGGCCAGGCAAGAUGGCGGCCAUGGAGACGGACACGGCGCCGCUGACCCUGGAGUCGCUGCCCACCGAUCCCCUGCUCCUCAUCUUAUCCUUUUUGGACUAUCGGGACCUAAUCAACUGUUGCUAUGUCAGUCGAAGACUUAGCCAACUAUCAAGUCAUGAUCCGCUCUGGAGAAGACAUUGCAAAAAAUACUGGCUGAUAUCCGAGGAAGAGAAAACACAGAAGAAUCAGUGUUGGAAAUCUCUCUUCAUAGAUACUUACUCUGAUGUAGGAAGAUACAUUGACCAUUAUGCUGCUAUUAAAAAGGCCUGGGAUGAUCUCAAGAAAUAUUUGGAGCCCAGGUGUCCUCGGAUGGUUUUAUCUCUGAAAGAGGGUGCUCGAGAGGAAGACCUUGACGCUGUGGAAGCGCAGAUUGGCUGCAAGCUUCCUGACGAUUAUCGAUGUUCAUACCGAAUCCACAAUGGACAGAAGUUAGUGGUUCCUGGGUUAUUGGGAAGCAUGGCACUGUCUAAUCACUAUCGUUCUGAAGAUUUGUUAGACGUCGAUACAGCUGCCGGAGGAUUCCAGCAGAGACAGGGAUUGAAAUACUGUCUGCCUUUAACUUUUUGCAUACAUACUGGUUUGAGUCAGUACAUAGCAGUGGAAGCUGCAGAGGGCCGAAACAAAAAUGAAGUUUUCUACCAAUGUCCAGACCAAAUGGCUCGAAAUCCAGCUGCUAUUGACAUGUUUAUUAUAGGUGCUACUUUUACUGACUGGUUUACCUCUUAUGUCAAAAAUGUUGUAUCAGGUGGCUUCCCUAUCAUCAGAGACCAAAUUUUCAGAUAUGUUCACGAUCCAGAGUGUGUAGCAACAACUGGGGAUAUUACUGUUUCCGUUUCCACAUCGUUUCUGCCAGAACUUAGCUCUGUACAUCCACCCCACUAUUUCUUCACAUACCGAAUCAGGAUUGAAAUGUCAAAGGAUGCACUUCCUGAGAAGGCCUGUCAGUUGGACAGUCGCUAUUGGAGAAUAACAAAUGCUAAGGGUGACGUGGAAGAAGUUCAAGGACCUGGAGUAGUUGGUGAAUUUCCAAUCAUCAGCCCAGGUCGGGUAUAUGAAUACACAAGCUGUACCACAUUCUCUACAACAUCAGGAUAUAUGGAAGGAUAUUACACCUUCCACUUUCUUUACUUUAAAGACAAGAUCUUUAAUGUUGCCAUUCCCCGAUUCCAUAUGGCAUGUCCAACAUUCAGGGUGUCUAUAGCCCGAUUGUUUUGGUAAUUUGUGCCUUUCAAGGAAUUUGUCCAUUCCAUCUAAAUGUUGAAUUUAUUGGUAUAAAGUUAUUGACAGUAUUCCCUUGAUAUCCUUUUAAUGGCUACAAAAGCCAUAAUCACAUGUCCUCUUUUGUUCUUAAUAUUGUUAAUUUAUAUCUUUUGUUCAUUGCUUUAGCUAGGGGUUUAUAAUUUUUAUUGAUCAUUUAAAGGAGCAACUUUUGGUUUUACUAAUUUUCUCUAUUUGCUUAUUUUCUUUGCAUUGAUUUCUGCAGUUAUCUUUAUUUCUUUCCUUUUACUUUGAGUUUAAUUUGCUUUUCUUCUAGCUUUUUUAAGGUAGAAGUUUAUAUUAGUAAUUUUAGACCUUUUUUCUCUCCAAGCACUGUUUUAGCUGCAUUUCACAAGUUGUGAUGUGUUUUCAUGAACAUGUAGUUCAAAAUAGUGUUAGAUUUCCCUUGUAAUUUAAUUUUGAUCUAUGACUUUUCUAGAAAUGUGUUAAUUUUCAAACAUUUGGGGAGUUUUCAGUUAUCUUUUGACUAUUGAUUUUUUAAAUUUAUUGUGGUUGGAGAAUUUGCUCUGUAUUUUCAAUCCUAAAUGUUUUAUGGCCCAAAAUUAUGGUUUAUCUUGGUAAGUGAUCCUUGUAUAUUUGAAAAUAAUGUACAUUCUGCUAUUUUGGGGAAUAUUAUUCUACAAAUGAUAGGUCAAAUUGGUUGACAGUGUUUUUCAAGUCUUCUGUAUACUUGUUGAUUUUUUUUUUUUUUUGGUCUUUGUUCUAUCAACAAGUGAGAGAUGAUUGUUGAAAUCUCCAAAUAUAAUUAUAGUUUUUUGUUUCUCUUUUUAGGCCUAUCAGGUUUGCUUCAUGUAUUUUGAAGCUGUAUAAUUAUAUGCAAAUAUGCUAAGGAUUAUGAUGUAUUUUUAAUGACAUAAUUCUUUCAUCAUUAUGAAAUCUCCAUCUUUAUUGCUGAUAAUAUUCCUUGUCCUAAAGUUUAAAGAGCAUUGAGGUUUGUUUUGGUAGGCAGUUGAGUUACUAUUGGGUCAACUUGAUCCUUUGGCAUCUUGUUUGUUUUUAAUGUUUGUUAGGGUGGGUGUAAAGUAGUCUUUAUUUAAGGACAGUGGUUGUCAGCUUUCAGUCUCAUGACCCCCUGAAACUCUAAAAACUUAUUGAGGACUCCGAAGAAUUCUUGCUUGUGUUGAUUGUAUUAACACUUACCAUAUCAGAAAUUAAAACUGAGAAGGUUUUACAAGAUUUACUUAUUAGUUCCUUUUUAAAUGACAAUAAUAAACCCAUUUCAUGUUCAGCUCUCCCUUAACUAUGUUCUUUCUUAUUAGUUUUCGUUUCCUUCUAACCACAAAUAAACAUAUAAAAUCUUGACCUACCUUGUGGAAAAUGUUUUCUCUCAAGGAUGAGAAAUAAAAUGAGAAUUCUGGACUUACUUCUUACCGACAUUAAAAAAGCCAUGGGGGUUGUAUUUGUUGACCUUUCCUGCUUGAAUAUUAGUUUCCUGAUAUGGAGAAUUGUUCUGUUUUUUCAUCCUCUACCAGUCUGAUUAAUUCGUAGGCUUAACACUUCCUUUUUCUUUCUCCUUGAAAUGCCUCUUGGAAAUAUGCAUUAGUUGGUCUUAUGUCUUUUCUUGGUCUAGGUGGUAUGCGUGUUUGGCUUGUUGGGGGCACUUUUAGAGGCUCCGGCUGCACAUUUCCACUCUCUCUGUGUUCCUUUCUGCAUCUGCUGUGUGUGUGUGUACACUUUUUUUCUGAGCAAUCUCUCUCCUUAGCCACAUUGAGUUCUUUAACAGUUUUUCUGUUUUCUUCUUCAUUAAGAUAAUUAAUAAUCAUAGUACUCAGAUAACAUGUUUUAGAACUUCCCAAGCCUUUCCCUUUCCCACCUUUUGGACCUCCUAACUGAAUUUCAAAGUCUUCAUUCCUUAGAUUAAACAAAUAAAUCCAAAGAUAAAAAGAAUGUAAUGUCUUAUAAGUCAUAUCAGUGUAUAUUUUCUCUGUUAUUGUUAGUGUUAUAAUAAAUCCUAAGUGACACAUUUCCUUUCUCCUACAUUAAUUCAUUUGCUUGUACAACAGCUAUUUAUUGAGUACUGUGAUAAACAAUAUAAUCAAAUUCCCUGCCUUGAAAUUUACAUUCCAAUUCAAAGAGACAAACUGUAACAAUAAACAUUCUGUGUCCUUAUGUUAAGUAGUAAUAAGUGCUAUGGAGAAACAGCAGAGUAAAAGAGAUAAAGAAUGUAUUGUUAGGUUGUUCUAAUAUAAAGAUGGGUCAGGAGAGACCUCAGUGACAUUUAAGCUGAAACGUGAAAGGAGCAGAGGGAAUUAGGUGGAUAUGUGGGAGAUGAGUGUUUGAAGCAAAGGAGCAGCACAUGUGGAGGUUCUGAAACAAUAAUGUGCUUAGUGUGCUUGACCCAAGGAGGCCAGUGUAGCUGGAGUGCAGUGAACUAUGGGGAGAGGGACUGGAGAUGAGAUCAGAGGGAUAAUGGGGUGCUGGAUCACGCAACACCGUAAAAGCCUUGGUGGAAGGACUCUGGCUAACAUCAUGCCCCAGGUUGCCCCUUACUUUCCAGAGUACCCAGUAGGUCCUUACUGUUCAGAAUUCUGUUCAAUGUAGCAACUCCUCCCAUUGUGUCUUCAAAUGUGUGAGAGAGAACAUUGACAGCAGAGUUAAGUCAUGGCUUGAGUAGAGACAUUGCAUGGGCAGAAUUGACAUUUCCAAGAGAUAUUCAGAUGCACGUUCAACAUCACUACUGUCCUAAUCUGAGAGCCUCCAACAA